GACCAUUUCUGUCGUUCUCAUCCCUUAAAUCUCUUCCUUUGUCUCUCUCUCUAUAUAUACUCUACAAAUUCUGCUCUGUUUUCUCACCUCUGCAAAUACAGUAAAAGAUCAAAGGAAGAUACUUUGAAUAAUUUGGAAGCAAAAUCAGAAGAAGAAGAAGAAGAAAUGUCGAAACAAGAGGAAGUUUUCGUGGGUUCAAUUGAUCAAGGAACCACCAGCACCAGGUUCAUCAUCUACGACCGAUUCGCCAAACCAGUCGGAUCUUACCAGGUCGAGUUCACUCAGUUCUACCCUGAAGCCGGAUGGGUAGAACACGACCCAAGGGAGAUUCUGGAAACCGUGAAAGUGUGCAUAGCGACGGCCGUCGAGAAGGCGACGGCCGAUGGGCACGACGUCAAGAAUGGGCUGAAGGCCAUUGGUUUGACCAAUCAGAGAGAAACGACGCUCGUUUGGAGCAAGUCAACUGGUGCUCCCCUCCACAACGCCCUCGUCUGGAUGGACGUCCGUACCAGCUCCAUUUGCAGAAAAUUGGAGAAGGAAUUGUCUGGGGGAAGAGCACAUUUUGUGGAAACCUGUGGCUUGCCCAUAAGUACAUACUUCAGCGCAGUGAAGUUGCUUUGGUUGAUUGAAAAUGUUGAUGCUGUUAAAAAUGCUGUGGAGUUGGGUGAUGCCCUCUUUGGGACCAUAGACACUUGGUUGAUAUGGAAUUUGACCGGCGGGGUUAAUGGAGGCUUGCACGUCACGGACGUCUCCAAUGCAUCAAGGACCAUGCUGAUGAAUCUCAAGACUCUGGAGUGGGACAAACCCACAUUGGAAACUCUGGGAAUCCCAGCUAAAAUCCUGCCCAAAAUAGUCAGCAAUUCUGAAAUCAUUGGCAAAAUUGCUGAAGGCUGGCCAAUUCCUGGGGUCCUGAUUUCGGGCUGUUUAGGGGAUCAGCAUGCGGCCAUGUUGGGACAGGCUUGCAGGAAAGGUGAGGCCAAGAGCACGUAUGGGACUGGCGCUUUCAUACUUCUCAACACCGGUGAAGAAAUUGUCCACUCAAAGAAUGGACUUUUGAGCACUUUGGCAUUCAAGCUUGGCCCUUUGUCUCCGACAAAUUACGCCCUGGAAGGGUCGAUCGCGAUCGCUGGAGCGGCGGUUCAGUGGCUGAGAGAUGGUCUUGGGGUUAUCAAUCAUGCCGGUGAAAUUGAGGAGUUGGCCUCAAAGGUUGAGUCCAGUGGAGGAGUCUACUUCGUGCCUGCUUUUAAUGGAUUGUUUGCUCCUUGGUGGAGAGAUGAUGCUCGCGGUGUUUGCAUUGGCAUUACCAGGUUUACCACAAGGGCUCACAUUGCACGAGCUGUGCUUGAGAGUAUGUGCUUUCAAGUGAGAGAUGUGCUUGAGUCCAUGAAAAAAGAUGCCUUGGAGAAGGGUGAGGCCAAAGGUGAGAGUGAAGAAUUUCUGCUUAGAGUUGAUGGUGGUGCUGCUGUCAACAAUCUAUUAAUGCAAACUCAGGCGGACUUGUUGGGAAGCUCGGUGGUGAGACCGGCUGACAUAGAGACGACGGCUCUCGGAGCAGCUUAUGCGGCCGGGCUGGCCGUUGGGGUUUGGAAGGAAGAAGACAUCUUUGGCUCUGGAGAAAAGGCCAAGACUGACACCACUUUCCAUGCCAUAUUAGAUGAGGAAAAAAGGAACAAGAAGGUGGAGUCUUGGUACAAAGCUGUUACAAGAACCUUUGACUUGGCUGAUCUCUCCCUCUGAUGCUCUCUCCUGGCUUCCUUUUCUUUUCAUUUGCUGUCCUUUUUUAAUUUUAAUUGGCAAUGUUGGUUGGUUACGAUGUUUCGUUCAUUUCCCUUGGUACAUUUACAUUGUCGUUAAUAACAUAUAAGCACACAUAUGACGGGCAACAAAACGUUCAGUAACUGUUAUUUUCUCUUUCUGGCUCUUGUAGGAAUCAAAUUUGGCGUUUUGCCGCCAAGUUUGCUAUUAUUAUUACACAAUCAAUAUAUAUUUGUUUAUGUCA